AUGAUCGCUCGUCCAAAAUCAGCCGAAACGAGUGGAAAAUGGCCGAGAGAGGAGCCUUUGAAGUUGGGAAUUUCGCACUCUUGUCCUGCCCAGGAGCUCCUCCGCCAGCUGCGGACGGACGACGGCCCGGACGUCGCGGCCUGCGCGGCGUCGCUGGCCGCGCGGGACGGCGCGACGUGGCUCGUCGCGGGCCUCGACAUGUCCUACUUCCCCGACGACGACGGCGCCGCCGUCGCGUCGCUCGUCGUCGUCGAGCUCCCGAGCAGACGGCGCGUGCACGCGAUCCACGAGAACGUCCGCGUCGAGGGGCCCUACAUCCCCGGGUUCCUCGCCUUCCGCGAGGCGCCCCACUAUUGCCGUUUAUUGGACCGGCUGCGGCGCGACCGGCCCGACGUCGUGCCCGUCGCGUGCCUCGUCGACGGCAACGGCGUGCUGCGCCCGCCCGCGCGGACCUCCAACCCGACUUCAAUGCACCCGCGCGGCUUCGGCGCCGCGUCGCACGUGGGCGUCGCGGCGUCCAUCCCGACCGUGGGCGUGGCCAAGUCGCUGCUGGCCGUCGACGGCCUCGACGAGCGGACCGUGCGCGAGGGCUGCGCGGCCGCGGGCCUCGGCUUUGGGGGGCACACGCCCCUGGUCGGCGACAGCGGCCGCACGUGGGGCGCGGCGCUCCGGUCGUCGGAGCCGCCGCCGAAGCGCGAGACCACGGGCCAGGACGCGGCCUUCCGGCCCAUCUUCGUCUCCGUGGGCCACGGCGUCUGCCUCCGGACGGCCGUCGCGCUCACGACCGCGUGCUGCGCGUACCGCGUCCCCGAGCCCAUCCGCCUCGCGGACCUCGAGGGGCGCGACGUCGUCAGGACCAUGUGCGCGGUCUAA